UGUGACUGAAUUCACGCAUGCGUGCUAGGUGUGAAGAUAUUUUUAAAAAUGGCGUCGGAUACUAGCAGCGACGUUAGCCAUGCGCUCGGUUUGAAAACACCAAAAACUCUUAAAGCUGCGGUCUGGCAGCAUUUUGGUUUCAGAACGGACAAAGAGAAAGGUCAGCUUGACAAAAGCAAAGUGAUUUGCAAGGCAUGCCAAAUGGAGGUGAAAUAUUGCGGAAAUACAACCAAUCUCAACAAUCACAUUUUGCGACAUCACCAAGAUCUUGCGUGCAAGCCGUCCACUGGUCUGCAGCAGAUGAAAAUCAAGGAAUCACUACAACUACCGGCUAAUUCUACACGUUCUCACAAAAUAACCGAGACGAUAGCGGGCUUUAUUUGCAAGGAUAUGCGCCCAUAUUCUGUCGUUGAAAACGAGGGCUUCAAGCGGCUAAUGAAAGUAGCGGAGCCACAAUAUGUUAUGGUUUCGCGCAAACGUCUUUCCGAAGAAGUCAUCCCAAACAUGUACCAGUCGGUGAAAGAAAAUGUGAAAAGUAAGCUUCAGUCAGCAGAGAGAGUGGGCAUUACAACGGAUACCUGGACAUCUGUGGCUACGGAAUCGUACAUGAGUUUGACGACACACUACAUUGACGAGGAGUGGAACCUCAACUCGUACGUAUUACAGACCACAGAAGUUGAAACUGACCAUCGUUCUGCCAGUCUAGCAGAAAUGUUGACCGCAGCGAUAGAGGAGUGGGGGCUGAUGAGCAAAGAUCCUGCUAUGGUGACCGACAAUGCAGCUAAUAUGAUUCGUGCUGUUGAGAUGAUGGGGUUAACACACAUUGGCUGUUUUGCACACAUCAUAAACCUCGCCUCACAAACCGGUCUCAAACUCCCAAAUAUUGCACGCCUGCUUGGGAGAGUGAGGCACAUUGUAACGUUCUUCCAUCGCAGCACAACAGCUAGCCGCAUCUUGAAAGAAAAGCAGAAACUAUUGCAGCUUAAACAACACAAGCUCACAAUUGAUGUUGUGACCAGAUGGAAUAGUGCACUGGAAAUGCUGGAACGUUUUCUGAAGCAGCAGCCUGCUAUCUCUGCUGCUCUGCUCUCACCUGAAGUCCGCAGAAAUGAAAAAGAUUUGUGCAGUCUGAAAGAGGAAGACAUAACUGAUGCUGAAGACGUGGUCAGAGCUCUGAAGCCAAUGAAAAAAGCUACUGAAGUCAUGUCAGAAGAAAAGUCACCAACUCUCAAUGAUCGCACCCCUGCGUGCUCUAUUGCUGAAGGAGAUGACCAGCCUCCCAGAAGACUCCAAAGUUGUUAAGGAUAUGAAGAAUGAGAUCAAGAAAAACCUGAGCACAAGGUAUGUGAACCAGACGGCCAUGCUGCAUGCCGCCUCAGCUGUUGAUCCACGCUUCAAAGCCCUGCCAUUUCUGGGUGAGGAGGAGCGAGAGCACACCUUCUCCAGGCUCCAGGCUGAGGCAGUGGGUGGGAUGGAGGAAGAAGCAUCUUAUCAAGAUGAAGUUGAUGAAAUGGAGGAAGAGGAGGAAAACAACCCCCCUGCACCUAACCCCAAGCAAUCCAGUGCUUUGGAGUCUCUCCUUGGGGAAGCCUACAGACCAAGAGAGGAGAGGGGACAUGCAAAGAAAACUCUUGCAGAGGUGGCAGAAGAGGAGAUCAAGAGGUACAGGGCGAGGAGACCUGCAGGACUGCAGGACAAUCCUCUGGUCUGGUGGAGGGAGAAUGAAAAAGAGUAUCCUCUUUUGGCUCGCAUGGCUAAGCGAUAUCUCUGUGUCCCUGGGACCAGUGUCGCAUCUGAGAGGGUUUUUUCAACUGCAGGUGAUAUAAUCACUGCAAAAAGAAGCUGUCUCACCCCUGGUCAUGUGAAUCAGCUACUUUUCCUGCAGAAGAAUCUUACCAUUCCCAAGUGAUGUUCAUAAGAGGACAGUUUACACAGUCUGUAUUUAGUCAAGUUUAAUUUCCUGCUCAAUUUUGUUUGUACAUUAAUAUGGAAUGCCUUUCAGUUUUCACUUUUCACAAGUUUACAUUUUUGUACUUUAACGGCAUUUGAAUGUUUCUGGAUACUUGAAGUGUUUAAGUUUUUGCACAAGACUGUGAAACUGUUGUUUAAGGUUCUGUACCUUUUAAUUUCUAUUUGCACAAAGUAAAACGAAAGCCGUUAAUUUU